AUGUGGCGUUUAGCGCCACUGGUGAUGCGGCUGCUGGCCGUGUCACUGGUGGCGCUCGUCCUCGCCGAGCCCGGCACUGGCAGGGGCACAACGGGGAUGGCGCAAGUGCCGGCCCACGGGCUGACGAGGUCCGUACGCCCGACAGCGCCAAUGCCGCGCACCAAGCAGCAGCGCCGCCAGCGCAAGCGUCGCACCACGACCACGACCACAACGACCACCACGACCACCGUCGAGCCCGACGACGACGACUACGAGCUGACAACGCCAGAAAUCACGACCACUGCAGACCCGCGCACUUUCGACCACACUGAAGUUGGAAAAUGCGAAGUACCGUUGGGCAUGCAGAAUGGGAAGAUUUCCAAUGAAUCCCUGUCGGCCAGUUCCAGUUAUGACCAGAGCGUGUCCCCGCUCAGCUCAAGGAUUCGUACUGAAAUUCGCGGCGGCGCCUGGUGCCCCAAUGGUUUGAUUAAACCUAACAGCCGCCAAUAUCUGGAGAUAGACCUACAUGACGAGUACCUGAUCACUGCCACGGAGACCCAAGGCCGAUUCGCCAACUCUGUAGGAGUGGAAUUUGUGGAGAGCUACCAAGUGGAAUAUUGGCGUGACAGCCUCAACCGUUGGUCCAAAUACAAGGAUUUUAAUGGGAGUCGAUUGAUUCCUGGAAAUGUCAAUACGUACACACCUAACAAGUCAACCCUGGAAGCGCCGUUUGUUGCGUCCAAAGUACGAUUUUUCCCAUACGCAGACCAUCCCAGGACUUCAUGCAUGCGGGUGGAACUCUACGGUUGCCUCUGGAAACAGGCUAUUGUUGCGUACUCUGCGCCUAAGGGCGGAGAUAUGCAGGCAAUGUCUGGCGGAGCACGUUUCGAGGAUCUGGCCUACGACGGCAUCAUGCGUGACCAACGACUGUUGAACGGACUGGGGCAGAUAACCGAUUCGCUAAGUGGCCCCGACGACUUUGAACUAGCUGACCCUUAUGAUACAUCAGGUUCUCGAUGGGUUGGAUGGAACAAAACUAUGCUAAUGAACAACGAAGUAGUUUUGACUUUCAACUUUUCCGAUCCCAGGCUACUGCAUUUUGUGGACAUUCACACUAACAACAUGUUCACCAAGGACGUCCAGCUCUUCAAGGUGGCCGAAGUAUAUUUCUCUCUAGAAGGCGAGCGCUGGCAAGAAGAUUACGUAUCAUAUGAACCGAAACAAGACAGAGUUUCCGAGCAUGCCCGGAACGUGCACAUCGAUCUGCAAAACAGGACUGCCAAACACAUCAUGAUGAAGCUCAAGUUUCAACAUGAAUGGAUUCUAAUCAGCGAAGUCACCUUCAAGUCUGUUCCCACGGUGGUUAACUCCUCGGUAGAAUUCCUAGAGGAGUAUUAUAACAUCGAUUUCUCUCCAUCGUCGAAUAAGAAAAAAAAUCCUUCCCUGAAGCUGCCUGUUGGAUUAGCCUGUGGUACUUUAAUGGGAGGGAGCGCUUUCGUGGCUGCAGUCGCAGUUGUGCUCACGAAACGCGUCCGCAGGAGGAUCCCUAAUUUACUAAAGAAAACGUUCUGUCCCUCACUGAGAAAUGGAAAUAAUAAUGCAAGGAAUAAUCGACGCACGCCGAGGCUCGCUUUGGCAUUAGGCAAUUGCCCACCAAUACAUAUGCUACGG